AUGCAUCAUAAGAACGGAAAUACUGCGAUUUUCUCAGUAUGCGCUCACAACCUCGUAGGAAUGCACUGUGACAUACCCCGAUUAACGAUGAUAGCCAUCGCCGGUGGAUCCGAACCUCACCUGCAUCUUUUCAAGAGAGAUCCAGAAUUGCUAGAUCAUGUCUUCAUGACUCAUUCGGAAUUGGACUUGCACAGAUCAGAGAUCUAUGGAGUUAGUAGUUUUGAUGAUGUAUGUACACUAGGCGGUGCGAAAUGCCUGACUACGAUCAAUUACAGCUCGUCACUUCGAUCUUUCCCACGUAGAUUACAAUCUGACGCACUGGCGGUCCAUCAAGUUUCCCGUGAUUUAGUGUAUGUAGGUCAGAGAUCGGGUCAUGUCACUUUGGAAGAUCUACGAACGAGUCCUAGGAACUCGAAUAUCGUAGCUAGUACGAUGAGGGGGAAAGCUGUUGUGGGAGUCAAAAGGAUACAGGACUCGGCGGUACCUUGGGGAGUGGUCGUUAGUGGGAUGAGUCAUGAGAUGUUACUCUUCGAUGCGAGAUUUGGUGAUAAGCCACUGAGAACAUUCGAAGGGCAUUUCAAUACAUUCCACUCGAACGUCGCUCUAACGACUUCCCCAGACGAUAAGACUUUAUUCUCCUCCACAUCCGAUCGAAGAAUCAAAGCAUGGUCAGUCAUCUCUGGAGAUUCACUCAUGCCUACGAAUUCACCUGCCACUUCCUCCUUAUCACCUUCAUGGGACGAUGAACCGUUAUCCGAUGAUAAUCCGUUGAGCAAAGUAUAUGAACAGAGAGUCAGUCAUUUGGAUAUCAAUGAUGAAUUAGGAUUGGACGUAGUUGUACGAGGCGAUUUGUAUAGAUAUGGUAGAAAGUAG